CACGUGCCUCGCGCCUCCCCCCUCGCCCGGCUUCCGCGGGUGGUUUCUCCCGUGCGCCGCAUUCGCUCAGGCUGUCUCUCUCGGCCGGUUUCUCCGCCGGUCCCCAGGCCGCGGGGGGGCCCUCGCAGCCGGCGCGCGCCCGCCCUCUCGCUGCCCGCCCUCUCGCUGCCCGCCCGGCUUCCGAUCCGUCCCCGCCUGCCGCCGCCGGGAUGCUGUGGCUGCUGGUGGCGCUGGGGCUGGCGGCCGCCUACUUCUCCCUGCUGGACGGCUGGUACCUGGUGCGCGUGCCGUUGGCUGUGCUGCGCGCCCGCCUGCUGCAGCCGCCCGUGCGCGACCUGCUGGCGGAACAGAGCUACGCGGGCCGCGUGCUCCCCUCCGACCUGGACCUGCUGCUGCACAUGAACAAUGCGCGCUACCUGCGCGAGGCGGACGUGGCGCGCGCCGCGCACCUGGCCCGCUGCGGCGUGCUCGGGGCCCUGCGCGCGCUCGGCGCGCACGCGGUGCUGGCCGCCUCCUGCGCGCGCUACCGCCGCUCGCUGCGCCUGCUGGAGCCCUUCGAGGUGCGCACCCGCCUGCUGGGCUGGGACGGCCGGGCCUUCUACCUGGAGUCCCGCUUCCUCAGCGGCCGGGACGGCUUCGUGUGCGCGCUGCUGCUCUUCCGCCAGCACGUGCUGGGCACCACGCCCGACCAGGUGGUGCAGUACCUGUGCAAGAGGCGGGUGGAGUCACCUGAGCUCCCGGAGGAUCUCCAGCACUGGAUUAACUACAACGAAGCCAGCAGCCAGAAACUCCGGGCAGAAUCUGGCCUCAGUAGCACCAAGGAUCAGUAGCAGGCUGGCCCCUGCUCUCCCCUGGUCCCUUUCCUUGAGGAAGGAAUACCUGGGUCCCUAUCACUUAUUAAUUUAUUUUCUACAUGUUUGCACUUGUCCACUGGGGCUGGGGAUUCUCAGGGAAGGGAUGGGGGGAGGGCAGGGAGACUUCUGUCAGACCCCCUACCUGGGCAGGACCAGAUUUGGGUGAACUGAGGAGAAAGAAAGGAUCAGGUAGGGGCUAUCAUUCCCAUUUUACAGAAAUGGAAACUAAGGCUCAGAAGCAACUUGAACAAUUUCGUAGCAAGUCACUAGCAAAGCCACUGGCCCCUGCACCUCUCAAUUCCCAGCCCUGGGCUCUUUCUGUUACUCUUGUCUAUGCCCUCUUUUCUUGAUUUCACUAUUGAUGCCUCCUGUGGGGCUCUUAAUUCUUGAAGUGACAACUUAUCUGGAAAGUCCUCUCACUGACUUGGGGUGAUGGAAGAGCCUCAGGUUCGAAUCCCAGCUCUUUCAUGAUCUCCCUGUAUGAUCUAAGAAAGUUCUUUCUUCUGCCUGGCCUCUGUCUCCUUUUUCAUAGGAUUCAGAGAAUUUGGGGCAGGAACAGACGUUGGAGAUAGUCCAGUUCAACCGGCCUUACAGAGGGGGAAACAGAGACCGGAGAAGGGAAAUGACUCCUAUAAAGGUUGUGCAGGGAGUGAGUAAUGGAGCAAGACUUGGUGCCCCUUCAGUUUACACUAUGCUGAGAGGGUCAAGUUGGAAGGACCUCCAAGGCCAGUUCCCACCUCAAACACCCAUCGAGUUGACUUUUCCAACAAGACAAGAGUCUUUUUAUAUUCUAGCCUAAGCAGGAAUCCAGAACUCUGUGGGCUUCCCUGUGAGGAGCAGGGAAAGAAGUGAGACUGGUGGCCAGCCACCUCACCCUGCCCUGCCCAGCUUUCUCCUUCUCCAUCCCUCAGACACCUGAAUGUAGUGACCAGGUCUCUCUCCCACACAGGUUCCCCUCCAAUAAGCACUUUAUGGAUGAGACUGUAUUUAAUCCACCAUACUAGAUCUGUGUCAAGACUCAUUUCUGUCCCACGCAUAUCCCCUCUUCCUUCCAAGGAGCUGAUGCUGGCAUGUGGUCAGCUAAAAUGGGAGAGGACAGGCUCAGGUGAGGGAAGCCCCUGCAGCCAGAAAGUCAGCAGGGCCAGGGUCUUGAUUUUCCAGCAGAAAGAGGGGACCUCAGGGCCCAAGAGGAACUGUCUGGGCCUCUGCUAUUCAGGCCUACCCUCCAACACUGCAACCUCUGCUUGCCUUGUGGCUGCCCCGACAGGUGCCCCAGGGACUGCAAGUCCCCAGCUCUCUCCUGUGGCUGCCCAACAAGUGCCCCAGGGACUGCAAGUCCCAUAGCUCUCUUUCUCUUCCGUUUCCCCAGCCAUUCUCAUCCCCCAUCUCAGAAAAGCUGCAAUCUUUUUGUUUUAUUUAAGAGAGAGAGAUAUUAAAAGAUUUUAAAACAAAAUA